UUGAAUACUCUUCAGAUAAAGCAUGUAUGAAUAUCUGUAUCGCUACAUCGAGCUGUUUGGCGGCGGUAAUUAGUCCAAAGCUUUUGGAUGUGACAAGUUGUUACGCUAUUGGUGAGUACACUCUGUCCGAUGAUAAUGCAUAUGCUUGGUACACUGCAGAAAGACGAUGCUUGGAAACCAAAACCCCUACUAACACAUCUACUAACCCUGAUCCUAAUCCAGGUUUUACUUUACGCAACAAAAAUGGACUUGAACGGCGGCUUCCACAGCGCGUUCCUAAGAAUAUCGGAACUGCAUGUGAAGAAGGAUAUUGGAAGUGCUCGGACGGUGAGAAGUGUAUUGAUGAGCGCUUUGUAUGUUCUGGAGUUACAAAAUGUUACGAUGGGUCAGAUCAAACAGACUGCUCAGAGAGAGAAUGCCAAGGAAAUCAAAUGGAGAAGUGCGCGGACGGUGAACAAUGUAUAGAUGCUGGCUGGGUAUGUACUGGAUUUACACAAUGUUACGAUGGGUCAGAUCAAACAGAUUGCUCAGGUUGA